AUGACUGAACUAGAGCCGACCUUCAACGGGCCAGAUGACACCGCCGAUGGAGACUGGCAUUUGGUCGAAUCAAAAUCUAACAGAUCGCGUAAAAGACGCAAGAUUGAUGAUGCUCCAUUUGACCAUAGAUCGAAUGAUCAAACCCCCAUCAGAACCGUCCAGCCUGGUAUCUCAUUCCAUGCCAGUAAACCUUCCCAGAUCCAGGCAAAAGCCCUACAAGAACUCGUUUUGUAUGUUCUAGCAGAUGGUGUAGCCCCUACUUGGUUGGCUGUCAGGAACAAAGAACACAUCGACAAGGUCGUUGUUCUCAUGGUCCCAGGUCUGGAUAAACAGACUUUGGAGCGUUCGAAAGCAAUCGCCCAUGAUGAUCCUACCACUGGGUCUACCAAAGCCUAUUCGCAUCAACCUAAAUCAUCAUCACCCCCCGACGUGCCAAGUUCGAGCUCCGACGCCUCCCAUACAUCAUGGUUUGCCCAGAACAUUGUUCCAGUCAAAGGCCCUGGGGAUUCCGGUACCAGCAAAGUCCAUUCACCCCUGCAUGCUCUACUCAUCUCUCCAUCUCAAGAGCAAAAGCAACGAAAUAAUGCAACAGAUGAUAGGCCCUUUCACUCGUCAAGAACGCAUAUAUCCAGCUUCAUUCAGUCUAGCGAUGAUCUUCGCGAAGCUGAGUAUCCCAUCCAUCCAGCAGCUUUUGACAACCCGCGAGAUGCACAAUUGGAGCAAGAUCGACGAGAAAGUACUUUUCAGUCUGCAUCAUCUGGUUGGGUAGAUACAAAAGUCCCACAUUUCGAUGCUUCUCGAAUUCCCCCUUCCCCAAAGCUAGUCAGACAUUCCCAAUCUCUGGUCGACGAACUCAAGCCUUAUGCUCUGGACUGCGAAAUGGUACUUACUGAUGACGACAAAUACUCGCUUGCUCGGAUCUCCAUCCUAGACUGGCACGGCAAGACCAUCCUCGACAAAUACGUUAAACCCUCCCUCCCUAUCAAAAAUUACUUCACUCAAUAUUCCGGCAUCACUCCUGAACAUCUCGCCGACGUUCACACCACCCUCCAAGACAUCCAAGCCGAACUCCUAUCUCUCAUCACCCCUGACUCCAUCCUCCUUGGCCACUCUCUCGACUCCGAUCUUAACGCCCUGAAACUCACUCAUCCAUAUAUCAUCGACACCUCCAUCAUUUACCCACACCCUCGAGGCCUCCCUCUUCGAUCAUCAUUGAAAUUCCUCGCUAAUCGCUACCUCAAACGCGAGAUCCAAAAGGGAGGCGCCAAUGGCCAUGACUCCGUGGAAGAUGCCCGCGCUGUCCUUGACUUGGUCCGUUUGAAAUGCGAAAAAGGUUCGAAAUGGGGAACUCUAGACGCCAACGGGGAGAGUAUACUCCGUCGAAUUGCUCGAGCAAAGAGACCUGACGGUAGAGAGCGACAGAGCGCAUUCAUUGAGUAUGGAACUCCAGAGAGGGGCUUGGGACGUGAAGCUACGUUCAAAAUCGCUUGUGAGGACGACGAUCAAAUCAUCCAAGGAGUUUUGAGAGCUGCACAUGGAGAUACAGCGGCCUCGGAAGCGCUCGCGACGUUGACGACGACUGAACCGAAUUCGAAUGAACCUUCGUCCAACGCUGAACAGGACGAAUCACCAGAAUCUGCCACUCCCCAACAACAUCCCACGGUCAUCCCUCCAGGCGGGGUCGACUUCAUCUGGGCACGUCUCCACGAACUCGAAUCCAUUCGAGGCUGGAACACACCGCCUCCACCUCUCCCAGAAAAUCCCACCUCAGCGGACCUCGCAUUCUCACUACCGAGUCGAGAUCACAAACAAGAGGCAGCAACAAAUGGAACCCAAAACCACACACCCUCCAUUCCCUCCACCUGCACCUCCACCUCCACCUCCUCACCAAAGGCAAAUCCUCCCCUCGAAGACACUAAUGCCUCCAACACCCUCGAGAAAACCAUAACUCAAACCCUCCAACGUAUCCAGAAACUCUACUCCACACUCCCGGCGAGAACACUUGUAAUCAUCUACAGCGGCACGGGCGAUAUGCGACCAUAUCUCAAGUUACAACAACUACACGCCCAGUAUCGUAAGGAAUUCAAGGUCAAGAAUUGGGAUCGGCUUAGUGUGAAGUGGACGGAUGUUGAGCAGCAGGCUCUCCGGAGUGCGUGUGAUAAGGCGAGAGGGGGUGUGGCGGCGAUGGGGAUUACGGGAUAGAUGGA